CUGCUGUCAGUGCAUGGAAUUGUAACAGUGUGUGCGAUAUGUGAAACUGCAAUGCCUACUUCCAACGAACCAGUUACUCUAGCUGAUUAUGAAGCGGCACAUCACCAAGGCUGGCUUACGCGUUACUCUGCUGACGCUCAACGGUUUGUUAAUAUUCACCGGAGUUGUGCUCUUUCUCGUUGUGUUCUCCACUCAUGAUGCAAAGCGCUUUAGGGGGACUAUCUCGGAGAUUUCACCCAUCGUGAACGCUGUGCUUUUGCCACUGUUCGGUACUGUUGGAACAGUUGGAGUCGGAAAGAUGAUUUUGAUUUGCCUAAAAGCGUAUUGUAUGUGCUGCGGGAUUGGGAUAUGUUGCAAUGUUAUAUUUGGUUCCAUCAGUUCGGCUCAUGUGGAGAAGAAUUGGUUACAGACGUUGUCAAGCUUGGAGAAGUCAUUUGAAAAUUAUUACAAGGUCCCUUCGAUUGCCAAUAGUGUUGACGCACUCCAGAAAUCGUUGAAAUGCUGUGGACUUCACGGCGCCUGGCAGGAGGAUCGAGGACCCGUCCCGAGGUCUUGCUUUGAUAACCAGUCAAAACAACAGUUCAUACAGGGUUGCGCUGACGCGUCCGUCAGAAAUGCACUGUACACCGGAAUAGGGGCUAUUUUUGUUCCCUUCUUUACCACGCUUGUCUUUAUUGUCGCACUCACUCUUACUGUUCUGUUAAUAAAAAAAUUCAAAACGUAAUUCAUACUGUGUCCGGCAUUCGAAAUUUUGCUCUUAUUUUUGCCAUUAUAAGAGACUUGAAACUGAUAACCUUCUAACAAAUUGGCAUUUCAGUUAAUUCUCACUUGUAUGGAAAUGGUAACUUGACGAAUUACAUGUCUGUUGAAUUUUUGCAAUUAAAUUGAUUAGUAUGUAUGC